CAUAGUCUAUAAAUUAUAAUAGUGUGAUACUAUAAUUACUAAUUAGUAAUAGUCUAUUAUAAAUCGCCAUUGUCUUCACUAAUCUUCAGUAAUCAGUCAUUUUUUACUGUGUCCAUCAACAAAUCGUCUACAUUUCUAUUUGACGGUUUUUAAACAUUUCUUUUUGCUUACUUUUGAAUAAAUCCUUACGCUAAUCUUACUAAAAUGGCUGUACGUAGAGCUAGUCACUCUGGGACAUGGUACAACGAAUCUGCAAAAGAGCUCAGCAAUCAAUUAGAAAACUGGUUAGGUGCUGCUGAACUCACUCAUGGACCUGCCAGAGCCAUAAUAGCCCCACAUGCUGGAUAUCAAUAUUGUGGUGCAUGUGCAGCAUUUGCUUAUCGCCAGAUAAGUCCAUUCGUUGUGCAACGUAUUUUUAUACUUGGGCCCUCACAUAAUGUCCGUCUAUCCGGUUGUGCUUUGUCAAGCGCUGUUAAGUAUAGAACACCAUUUUAUGAUUUACAAAUAGAUGAUGAAGUGUAUGAAGAGCUCGAGUCUACUGGGCAUUUUGAACGAAUGAGUAUGAAAGUAGAUGAAGACGAACAUAGUAUUGAAAUGCAAUUACCGUACAUUGCCAAAGUGAUGCAAGACUACAAAGAUAAAUUCACUAUUGUGCCAGUAAUGGUUGGCUCGUUGAGUACUGAAAAAGAAUCUCUCUAUGGACAUAUAUUUUCUAAAUAUUUAGCGGAUCCAAAAAAUCUUUUUAUCAUAUCUUCAGACUUUUGUCAUUGGGGACAAAGAUUUCGUUAUACAUUUUAUGAAAAAUCUUGGGGUGAGAUUCAUCAAUCAAUUACAACUUUGGAUCAUAAGGGCAUGGAUACUAUAGAAACUUUAAAACCAGCUGCUUUUGUUGAAUAUUUGAAAACUUUCUCUAACACUAUAUGUGGUAGACAUCCAAUCAGUGUUCUAUUGCAGGCGGCUAAUCAUUUACGGACUCAAAAAUUGUCACUCAAAUUUCUAAAAUAUGCCCAGUCCAGCAAAUGUUACAAUCUGGGCGAUUCAUCAGUUAGCUAUGCAUCCGCAUCCCUUAUAAUUGAAUAGCAAUAUAGUACUUCAUAGUGAAUUUUUUUCAUUCACAUUUUUCUAAAUAUAAGUUAAUACUAAAUUUAAAAACUAUAUACUUAAUUACAUAAUAUUGUAAACCAUAAUGAUAAUCAAGUUUUUAUAAACAUUGUUUAUAUUAUUAAAUAAAUAUUAAAAUGUAAGUUUUUUUUAAAAAAAAAUGCAUUAUUUUUAUAUAAAUAUAUUUUGUAAAAUCAAUAUAUAUAUAUAUAUAUCAUGAAAAAAAAAUACUUCAUGACUGAUCAUAUGAAAAUAAUUCAAAAUAUAAUUACUGUUGUUGAUAAACAAUGCAUUUUAGUUAGAUUCAAUCCCUUGUUCAGUAAUUCUAAAAGGAAUACUUGUUGAAGCCGUAUGUGGGCUGAACAUUACUUCUAUAUAUCUAGAAGACUGUGUUCUAGACAUCAUAAGUCUAGUAGUCACUAAAUUUGCCCAUGAAAGUCCCAAAGAUGGAACUAAUUUCUUUCCACUGUUAUCUGACAUUGAUGAUGUUACCUGUACAUGAAAAUAUAAAGAUGAAAUUAAAAGUAUGUUUAAUUUGUAUUAUAUAAUAAUCAUAUUUUUAUUACCUGAUUAACACAUAUGAUCCAUAGCCCAUGUUCAACAGAUAGCUUAUGUAGAAAAAACGCUAUAUCUCUGAGAUCUCUAGAUCUACGAGGUAACUCACUUAAUGUAUAUUCUCCACGAAACACAGCUGUUAUACUAUCAAUAAUAAUGAGUUUUAUAGGUCUAUGUAACAAUGCUUUUGGAAGCAUUUCAUGGAUACAUUUUUUUAAAUCUUCCUGAAAUUCAUAAGAACAGUUGGAAAAAAAUCUUUUAAUGAAAAUACAAUCAUUUACCACAGUGGCUACGUGACUAAUUAGAAUAUUGUCUCCAUAAUCUAUUUGACAUAAUUCAUUCAUAUCAAUUUUAUUAUCACAUUUAUACUUAAAACGAAUAUUAGAAAUCAUCUGUUGUAUUCGACUAGAAGGAAAUCGGUCUUCAGUACAAAUGUAUGCAGCUCCUUAAUUUAAAUAAAAAUUCAAGUAAAGAACCUUUUUUAAAUGAUUAAUUAUUUUAAUGGUUAUUACCAACCAGACUUUGCUCCUUUGAGUGGUAAUGGUAAUUGAACAGUAAGUGCAAUCUGUAAACAAAAUUGUGUUUUCCCACAACCACUUUCCCCAGAGAUCUCUGUGAUACCACAUUUGAAUAAUCCUCCCCCUAAAAGUUUAUCAAUCUGUAUACAGCCUGUAGUAAGAACUUUAUUAUUUAGCUCUUGAUGACAUCUAUAACAUUAUUAAUAAGUUACAAAAUAAAUCUAUAUUUACUCACAUGCUAUAAAGCUUAGUUUAUAAUUAAUUUUACUUGACAUUUGAUGCACUUAUGUUAGCUGCUGCAAUAUACACACGACGAGUGGCUUCUACAGUCAAAUUAACUUUUUUUCUAAAUUCUUCCUCAGUAUACUUUAAAAUAUUUGUGGAUAAUAGAAAACCUCCUAAACAAUAAAAAACAGUUAUCAUUUGUAAACAAUCAUACAUUCAUACUCACAUAUAUUAUUUUUGAGAUGUACCCUUGUAAUUAUAAUGUUAUUUCUAUGUCAAUAUUUUUAUAACUAAUCAAUUUAAUUAUUCAUUUAUGUCAAUAAUUUAUAUUAUAUGUAACGUGGUAAUGUGAAAGUAUUGUUAAAACUAUUGUUAAAAUACAAUAUAAAUUAUAAUAUACUAUCAGUUUUGAUGGACAUAUUUCUCUUGUUACAUUGAA